UGUGUGUGUGUGUGUGUGUGUGUGUGUGUGUGUGUGUGUGUGUGUGUGUGUGUGUGUUAGUUAUCAGUUACACACACUAACCCACUUAAACACUGACGACAUGUCCUGUUACAGAGACAUAAACACACAAACACGAGACUGAGUGAUUCUGAUUCAUCCUGAUCCUUUUCAGCUCCAGUUUGACUGACGGGAUAUUUCUGAUUGUGUGUGUGUCCCUGUGUGUGUCCCUGUGUGUGUGUGUGUUCCAGGUAAACUGGAUGAGAAGCGCGCUCCUGAGGCUGAUCUGAGGUCAGUAAAAACGCAGCUGAGACUCUCUGUUCUGGCGUCUCGACUCGAUCUGACCUGGACUCUGUUCAUGUUUCAGCAUCUUUGACGACAUCGGGGACUACAUCCUGUCCACCAGCUCCACCUCCAAACCCCCCAAGGACAAGGACCGACACCGAGAGAGGGACAGGGAGCGGGACAGAGACAGGGAGAGGGACAGGGAGAGGGAGGACGACAGCAAAGCUCGGAGACACAGCUACUUCGAGAAACCGCGAGGAGACGACCACCAGGUCAGACAGACUGACGAUCUCUGAACGUUAAAAUGUUUAAAUAUGACGAUUUUCGUCUCCUUCACCUCUGAUCGUCUUCACUGUUUGUCUUUGUGUGUCUGCAGGUCAUGGAGGUGGACACAGGUGAGACUGUCCACACCUGCAAACUACUACGUAGCUAUUUAGAUACACAGUCAUUUAAAGAGACAGUACACACUAACUGUAUUUAAAGAGACAGUACACACUAACUGUAUUUAAAGAGACAGUACACACUAACAGACUGUAUUUAAAGAGACAGUACACACUAACAGACUGUAUUUAAAGAGACAGUACACACUAACAGACUGUAUUUAAAGAGACAGUACGCACUAACUGUAUUUAAAGAGACAGUACACACUAACAGACUGUAUUUAAAGAGACAGUACACACUAACAGACUGUAUUUAAAGAGACAGUACACACUAACAGACUGUAUUUAAAGAGACAGUACACACUAACUGUAUUUAAAGAGACAGUACACACUAACUGUAUUUAAAGAGACAGUACACACUAACUGUAUUUAAAGAGACAGUACACACUAACAGACUGUAUUUAAAGAGACAGUACACACUAACAGACUGUAUUUAAAGAGACAGUACACACUAACAGACUGUAUUUAAAGAGACAGUACACACUAACAGACUGUAUUUAAAGAGACAGUACACACUAACAGGCUGUAUUUAAAGAGACAGUACACACCAACAGUAUUUAAAGAGACAGUACACACUAACAGUCUGUGUCUUUAAUUAAAGAGACAGUACACACUAACUGUAUUUAAAGAGACAGUACACACUAACAGUCUUUAUUUAAAGAGACAGUACACACUAACAGUCUGUGUCUUUAAUUAAAGAGACAGUACACACUAACCUUAUUUAAAGAGACAGUACACACUAACAGUCUUUGUUUUUUAAAGAGACAGUACACACUAACUGUAUUUAAAGAGACAGUACACACUAACAGUAUUUAAAGAGACAGUACACACUAACUGUAUUUAAAGAGACAGUACACACUAACUGUAUUUAAAGAGACAGUACACACUAACAGUCUGUGUCUUUAAUUAAAGAGACAGUACACACUAACAGUCUUUGUUAUUUAAAGAGACAGUACACACUAACAGUCUGUGUUUUUAUUUAAAGAGACAGUACACACUAACAGUAUUUAAAGAGACAGUACACACUAACUGUAUUUAAAGAGACAGUACACACUAACAGUCUGUGUCUUUAAUUAAAGAGACAGUACACACUAACUGUAUUUAAAGAGACAGUACACACUAACAGUCUUUAUUUAAAGAGACAGUACACACUAACAGUCUGUGUCUUUAAUUAAAGAGACAGUACACACUAACUGUAUUUAAAGAGACAGUACACACUAACAGUCUUUAUUUAAAGAGACAGUACACACUAACAGUCUGUGUCUUUAAUUAAAGAGACAGUACACACUAACCUUAUUUAAAGAGACAGUACACACUAACAGUCUUUGUUAUUUAAAGAGAUAGUACACACUAACAGUAUUUAAAGAGACAGUACACACUAACAGUAUUUAAAGAGACAGUACACACUAACUGUAUUUAAAGAGACAGUACACACUAACUGUAUUUAAAGAGACAGUACACACUAACUGUAUUUAAAGAGACAGUACACACUAACAGUCUGUGUCUUAAUUUAAAGAGACAGUACACACUUACUGUAUUUAAAGAGACAGUACACACCAACUGUAUUUAAAGAGACAGUACACACUAACAGUAUUUAAAGAGACAGUACACACUAACUGUAUUUAAAGAGACAGUACACACUAACAGUAUUUAAAGAGACAGUACACACUAACUGUAUUUAAAGAGACAGUACACACUAACAGUCUGUGUUUUUAUUUAAAGAGACAGUACACACUAACAGUAUUUAAAGAGACAGUACACACUAACUGUAUUUAAAGAGACAGUACACACUAACAGUCUGUGUCUUUAAUUAAAGAGACAGUACACACUAACUGUAUUUAAAGAGACAGUACACACUAACAGUCUUUAUUUAAAGAGACAGUACACACUAACAGUCUGUGUCUUUAAUUAAAGAGACAGUACACACUAACCUUAUUUAAAGAGACAGUACACACUAACUGUAUUUAAAGAGACAGUACACACUAACUGUAUUUAAAGAGACAGUACACACUAACAGUAUUUAAAGAGACAGUACACACUAACUGUAUUUAAAGAGACAGUACACACUAACAGUCUGUGUCUUAAUUUAAAGAGACAGUACACACUAACAGUCUGUGUCUUUAAUUAAAGAGACAGUACACACUAACAGUCUUUGUUAUUUAAAGAGACAGUACACACUAACAGUCUGUGUUUUUAUUUAAAGAGACAGUACACACUAACAGUAUUUAAAGAGACAGUACACACUAACUGUAUUUAAAGAGACAGUACACACUAACAGUCUUUGUUUUUAUUUAAAGAGACAGUACACACUAACAGACUGUAUUUAAAGAGACAGUACACACUAACAGUCUUUGUUAUUUUAAAGAGACAGUACACACUAACAGACUGUAUUUAAAGAGACAGUACACACUAACAGUCUUUGUUAUUUAAAGAGACAGUACACACUAACAGACUGUAUUUAAAGAGACAGUACACACUAACAGUCUUUGUUAUUUAAAGAGACAGUACACACUAACAGUAUUUAAAGAGACAGUACACACUAACAGUCUUUGUUAUUUAAAGAGACAGUACACACUAACAGUCUGUGUUUAUUUAAAGAGACAGUACACACUAACAGUCUGUGUUUAUAUUUAAAGAGACAGUACACACUAACAGUCUGUGUUUUUAUUUAAAGAGACAGUACACACUAACUGUAUUUAAAGAGACAGUACACACUAACAGUCUGUGUUUAUUUAAAGAGACAGUACACACUAACAGUCUGUGUUUAUAUUUAAAGAGACAGUACACACUAACAGUCUGUGUUUUUAUUUAAAGAGACAGUACACACUAACUGUAUUUAAAGAGACAGUACACACUAACAGUCUGUGUUUUUAUUUAAAGAGACAGUACACACUAACAGUCUGUGUCUUAAUUUAAAGAGACAGUACACACUAACAGUAUUUAAAGAGACAGUACACACUAACAGUCUUUGUUAUUUAAAGAGACAGUACACACCAACUGUAUUUAAAGAGACAGUACACACUAACAGUCUGUGUUUUUAUUUAAAGAGACACUACACACUAACAGUCUGUGUUUUUAUUUAAAGAGACACUACACACUAACAGUCUUUAAAGAGACAGUACACACUAACUGUAUUUAAAGAGACAGUACACACUAACAGUCUUUGUUAUUUAAAGAGACAGUACACACUAACUGUAUUUAAAGAGACAGUACACACUAACAGUCUUUGUUAUUUAAAGAGACAGUACACACUAACAGUAUUUAAAGAGACAGUACACACUAACAGUCUGUCCGUCACUCAGGUCCCGGAUCGGUCAGAGAGCAGAUCAAGAUAAUCAAUGAAAAGUUUGCAGGAGCAGCAGGGAGCCAAUGGCAGGGCCAGGAGCCAUAUCCUUCUGUAAACAAAGGGUUAACAGUAAUGUGUGCAGUAUUUGUACACAGACGGAGUACUUUGUUCAGUAUUUCUGCAGUAUUUUUCUUUAACCGCCCUGAACUGGUUCUCAGAGGAGAGACAGCAAAGAGCAGCUGGGAGAUUUCUUUGGAGGAUCCAAUUCAUACGCCGAGUGUUACCCUGCCACGUAAGACACACACUCCAAUACAAAUGAAUACACACAAAUACACAAUUUUAGUACACACUAGUGCCAGAAAACACCACCAGAGUUUUUCCAUCAUAUCCAUGUAAACAGAGACAGAACCAUUGUUACUGGACUAACCUUUACUAUAACGGCUGCAAUAACAACACGUCUGUCCUGGACACAAUACUUUUUAUCAAAGGAUGGUAGGGGAAGGUCCCGCCUCCUUCGCCUCUGAUUGGCUAUGAAACGUCAUUACAAACUCAAUCUGAGCGUGGGCUGUCGGCUCUGAACAUCGAACAGAACAUUAUCGCACAUCCUACAAAAAACAUCCUACAUCCUGGAAAUGCAGUCCUAGAAUUCCUACCUGUACUUAAACUGUACCUGUGUGUGUGUGUGUGUGUGUGUGUGUGUGUGUGUGUGUGUGUGUGUGUGCAGGAUGGACGAUCUGGCUGUGGACAGUGAUGAGGAGGUGGACUACAGCAAGAUGGACCAGGUAGACUACAAAUCCCAAGGACAGAAAAGAGACACCAUGUCCUUUUUAUAAGGGGACAUAGUUAUUGGUCCUCACUUUGAUGUGUAAUCAUGACUCUGUGUGUGUGUGUGUGUGUGUGUGUGUGUGUGUGUGUGUGUGUGUGUGUGUGUGUGUGUGUGUGUGUGUUUCAGGGGAACAAGAAGGGUCCUCUCGGUCGCUGGGACUUUGACACUCAGGAGGAAUAUUCAGAUUAUAUGAACAACAAGGAGGCGCUGCCAAAGUAAGUCUGUUAUUAAUCCCUCAGCACUGACUGUCAGGUUCACUCAGCUUCAUUUCCCCCUCAGUUCUGACUGUCAGGUUCACUCAGCCUCAUUUCCCCCUCAGCUCUGACUGUCAGGCUUCAUCAGGUUGUAUCAUGUAUUAGGUUGUAGGACAGUGUUGAUCAUGAAGUUUGUCCCUGCAGGGCUGCCUUCCAGUACGGUAUAAAGAUGUCUGAAGGCAGAAAGACUCGCCGCUUCAAAGAAACCAAUGAGAAGGCAGAACUGGACCGCCAGUGGAAAAAGAUCAGCGCGGUGAGAGAGAAACACAAACAGCCGACAUGAACAUGAAGACAAACAUGAAACACAGACAGGUCUGAGUGUGAUAAAAACUCUGUGUGUGUGUGUGUUUGUGUGUGUGUGUGUGUGUUUCAGAUCAUCGAGAAGAGGAAGAAGAUGGAGGCGGACGGGUCAGUAGUUCUGGUUCUGGUUCUGGUUCUGUCUUUCUUUAAACUUCAGUCUCUAAACUUUGUCGUUGUCGUUGUUUUUUCAGGGUGGACGUGAAGAGGCCCAAAUACUGACCCUUCUGAUGAACUCUGUGAUGAUGUUUGUGAACUGUAGUGAACUUGUAAACAGACAGAGGUCAAAGGUCACAGGAUCAGACCCACUGUCCCUCAUGUAUUUAGUUUGUUGAUGUUUAAAUAUCUGAUCACUGUUAUUGAUCAGAGAGGAUAAUUCUCUGAAUCUGAAAUAAACGAGUGAAACUCA